AUGGGAAAUUCUUCCAAAGAAGAGGUGACGGAUGAUGGCUCUCGAACCGCAUCCGUCGACGCCGUUGCUACCACCACCGCCAUCGAUCACUUCGCCGGAGUGUCCAGUGAGGGAGAAGAGAAACCCAUUACGGAUUUGGCUACGUUUGAAGAAGGGGAAACCGUCAUGGUCUAUUUCAAAGAGUGUCUGUACCUGGGCAAGAUAAAAAAGGUGGAUCACGAUGAAAAUGGUUGGAGGUACUUCGUCCAUUAUGCUGGGUGGAAGGAUAAUUGGGAUGAAUGGGUUCGAAUUAACCGGCUAAUGAAAGCUACAGAAGAGAACAAAAAGAAGCUGGCAACGCGUAAGAAAACCGAUGAGAUGGAGAACAACGCAAAGACUGGGAGUAAAUCAAAAGUCUCCAAUGGUCCAAAAGGGAAGAAGCGAAAAACUGUAUCUGCUCAAAAGGAAAAAGCGGCGCCUUCCUCGGAAAAACAUAUAAAUAUUCCUAUACCACCUGCAUUGAGGAAACAAUUGCUCGAUGACUGGGAAAGUGUUAAAAAGUCAAAUAAGCUUGUCAAACUUCCUAGGUCUCCUAAUGUAGAUGAAAUCAUGAGCAAAUAUCAAGAUUACCGGCAGAAGAAGGAAACAAGGUUAGCUGGUUGUGUUGGAGAACUUGUCAAUGGCUUGCGUCGUUACUUUGACAAAGCGCUGCCUGCAAUGUUGCUAUACCCGAAUGAGCGCCAACAAUAUGAAGAAGCCGUAAUAAAUGAAGUGGCCCCUUCUGCUGUUUAUGGAGCUGAACAUUUGCUAAGGCUGUUUGUAAAAUUGCCUGAGAUGCUGCAAAAUACGGACAUUGAAGAGAAAGUGCUCAUUCAGUUCCAGCAGAAUGCUGUAGACUUCGUCAAGGAAGUGUAUUUCGGCGCAAGUUAUGGAAAGCCAGCUCCUCCCCUCCUCGUUUUUAUCCCGUUUUGUCUUUGA